UAAACUGAUAGUUCUGCGGCCCUGUAUUUUCAUUCGUUUCUUUCUCGGGAGAUUUGAGUCUCUUCUGUUUCCAGCUUUCACCAUGAGCCUUAGACUGGGGUCGGCCACGGGCAAAGGGUGUUCGGUUUUUGAGUCUUCUGGUGUGUCUGCCAGUGGAAAUAGUCGUGGUAGGGCCGGUGGUGUUUACGGUGGUGGAGCACAUGUGGUUAACUAUGCUGGGAGCUUAAGGAGUGGGUAUGGUGGACAUGGUGGACAUGGUGGAAGCAGAGGUGUAGGCUUUUCUGGUGCUUCUGCUGGAGGGGUAUGCUUUGAUUCUGGUGUGGGAUUUGGGCAUGGUGGUGAAUCUGGCUUUGGUGGAGGAGCUGGAUAUGGGGGUGGAUAUGGGUUUGGUGCCGGCUACAUGGCAGCUGGAGGUGGCCACCGAAGUGGCUUUGGAGAAGAACCAGGACUGCUCUCCCUUAACGAAAAAAUAACAAUGCAGAAUCUGAAUGAUCGCCUAGCCACCUAUUUGAACAAGGUGAAAUCAUUAGAAGAGGCCAAUACUGAUCUGGAGAAGAAGAUCCGAAACUGGUACGACACCCACGGUCCGAGCCCAGUCCAAGAGAAGGACUACGGUCCCUUCUACAGAACAAUUGAAGACCUUCAAAAAAAGAUCUUGGGAGCCACUAUUGAUAAUGGGCGCAUCGUCCUGCAGAUCGAUAAUGCCAAACUAGCAGCAGAUGACUUCAGAAUGAAGUAUGAGAAUGAGUUGAUACUGCGGCAGACAGUUGAAUCUGACAUUAAUGGCCUGAAGAGGCUUUUGGAUGAUCUAACUCUUAACCGAAGUGAUUUGGAAUCCCAGCUGGAGAACUUGAAAGAAGAAUUAGCAGGUCUGAAGAAAAACCACGAGGAGGAGAUGAAGGCACUUAAAGUGCAGCUUGUGGGUGACGUCACGGUAGAUAUGAAAGCGGCCCCAGGAAUUGACUUGCAGAAGGUUUUGGGAGACCUCAGACACGACUAUGAGCAAAUCAUGCAGAAAAACCAGAAGGAUAUUGAAUUUUGGUAUCAAGAGAAGACUGCAGAGCUGCGUAAGAAUGUGUCCGGCAGCACUCAGGAGAUCCAGACAACUAACACUCAGGUUACUGAAUUACGACGCACUCUCCAGAACCUUGAAAUUGACCUACAGGCUCAGCUCAGUACGAAAGCUGCCUUGGAAGCAUCUCUGGCCGAAACAGAAGGGCGCUACUGUCUCCAACUCUCUCAGCUCCAGGCCUUAAUCCAGAAUGUGGAGGCAGAGCUGGCUAAUAUCCGCUGCGAGAUGGAGAACCAGAGCCACGAAUACAAGAUUCUCCUGGACAUUAAGACUCGCCUAGAGCAGGAGAUUAACACUUACCGGAACCUUCUGGAUGGGCAAGGAACACAAUUCCCUAAAGGUUCCUAUGACUCGUCUUUCUCCUCUGGUUCCCAGUCAGAUAAACAAGGGGGUUCGUCUUACUAUGUCAGGACGCGCGUUGAGGACGGCGAUGGGAAAGUGGUCUCCUCCCGUGACCAAUAUCACCACUCUGGGUACAAACAAUGAACAGAAUGACCCGCCCAUUCUUUCUAUUCUGUUUUGGGCAAAAUCUUGUUUUCUCGUGUUAAACAGUUUAUGCGCAUCCUCCGCAAUAGGAGCCUAUUCACAUACACAGCUAUGUCCCCUCAUGUGUCAGUGAGCAUUUAUGGUGCAUCUUCAAUAAAGCUAUGCUAUCAUCUUCAUGCAA